ACAAGGAUAGGAUACUACACUAUGGUGUGGAAAGGAUGGACCGUCGCCGCCAAGCCGGUUAGAAUUGGGCUGGGCCUGAAGAGAGUGUGAAUUGUGGAUCUUGGUGAAUGUGAAUGGAUUAAAAAGAAAUAUGAACCCAUCAGAAGUUUCGAGUUUCUUAUUAGUUUUAUAACUUUAUUUGAAUUAAAAGGUCAAGACAGUUUCGAGUUUCUUGGUUAUUUUACUUGUUUGUGAAGAAAUGUACAACUAGAAAAGACAUCAAUGUAGAACUAUAAAUACAGAGACUUCUCAUUUAAUCAGCACCCUCUCUCUUACUCCAAGUAUUUAUUAUCCGAACUCAUCAACCUUCCUUGGAGAAAUAUGAUCGGUGUUGACCGAAGAACGACCGGUCUGACUCAAGCUCACGCAGCUGGUCUCCGCCGUCUCUCAGCCCGCGCCGCCGCACCAUCCACUCCUACGGUCAGAAACAGCCUUCUACCCUUCUCCACUUUCCCCGAUGAAAUAAUCACUCGUAUAAAGAACUCGGGCGUCCAAAUCCAACCGGGUCUCUCCAACUCCGAGUUCGCCCGAGUUGAAGCCGAGUUCGGUUUCGUCUUCCCACCGGACCUCCGUGUUAUCCUCUCCUCCGGCCUCUCCGUAGACGCAGGCUUCCCAGACUGGCGCUCUCCAGGAGCUCGUCGCCACCUCCGUGCCAUGAUCGAUCUACCAAACGCAGCUGUAUCGCUCCAAGUCGCGAAGAACAGUCUCUGGUGCAAAUCUUGGGGCCUUAAACCACCCGACCCGGAAAAAGCUUUACGGGUCGCGAGAAACGCCUUGAAGAGAGCUCCUCUGUUGAUUCCCGUUUUCGACCACUGUUACAUUCCUUGUAGCCCGUCUUUGGCGGGUAACCCGGUCUUCUUCGUGGACGAAACUCGGAUAUUUUGCUGCGGGUCGGAUCUAUCCGAGUUUUUCCAGCGUGAGUCUGCUUUUCGCAGCCACAAAACUCUCACCAAGCAGAUGUCUUCUGGAUCAUCCACGAACGUCUCUACGAGGAGCUUAGAUUCGGGUCGGGUUAUCGGGUCGAGUACUUCGAGAUGGGUGGAGUUCUGGAGCGAAGCGGCGGUGGAUCGCUGCCGGAGAAACUCUGGCUCCACAUCAUCGUCGUGGUCAUCUCACUCUACAUCGCCGGACCUUCCAAGAAAGGAAACUCCGAUAUGGGUGAACCAGUACGUAAACCGGAUCGGUUCGGUUUUGAGAGGAGGCGGGUGGGAGGAAUCCGAUAUCGACGAUAUGAUCCACGUGUCGGCAUCUGGUUUCUUUGAGAGUGAAGUGGUGGUUCUGGACAAUCAAACGGUUCUUGAUGUGCUUCUUUUGAAAGUGGGUCGGUUAUCGGAGUUGCUCCGUAAAACUGGGUGGAGCUCCGAAGAAGUAUCGGAUGCUCUUGGUUUUGAAUAUCGACGGGAGAAAGAAAGAAAGCCGGUGAAGAAAUUAUCGCCUGAGCUUAUAGAACGAGUUGAAAAACUUGGUGAAUGGGUUUCCCGGUUAUGAAACUUGUUCAUGCAUGCAUGUGUUUCUAAUAACACAAAAACAAAAGUAUUUCAUGAUGUUUAGAGCAUCCGCAAUGGUGAGUCCCAUUGCGGAGUCCUUAGAGUAUUAAAUAUUUUUUUUUUUUUUGAUUUGUGUUUGUUUGUAUAGUGAAGGAUCUGAAUUGAAAUGGUGAGUCCAAUGGUGAGUCCCAUUGCAGAGUCCUUAGGUAUAUAAAUAUUAUUAUUUUUUA